AUGAAGGUAUUUGUCACUGGACCAGCGGGAGCUGGAAAGUCAAUGCUUAUACGUGCAUUAGCACAAUCUGUAAUUCGGAUAGCAAAUCUUAGACAAGAUAUAGAUGAUCUAUCACCUCCCGUAUUGCUGACAGCACCAACAGGUAAAGCUGCAUAUGGAAUAAAAGGAUUAACACUUCAUUCUGCAUUCAAAUUACCAUUGAAUCAAUUUUCCGGAUUGUUACCAAAGUUAAGUUCAGAUAUUUCAAAUACACUACGUUGUCAGUUUGCCAAUGUAAAACUUUUGAUAAUUGAUGAAAUUUCCAUGGUUGGCAUAAAAACACUGGGAUACAUUGAUCAACGAUUGAGGUCUAUAUUAAGAAUAAAUAAACCGUUUGGGGACAUAAAUGUAAUAGUGUUUGGCGAUUUCUUUCAAUUAGCACCGGUAUUAGCAACACCAUUGUACGAUAGUUUUGAAGAAAUAUUGUCUAAAUUUCCAAGUGCUGUAGAAAUGUUAUCGAUUAAAUCUAUUUGGGAAACAUUCAAGUUUUAUGAGUUGACUGAAAUAAUGCGCCAAAAAGAUGACAAACAAUUUGCAAUGAUGUUAACAAAGUUGGCCAGAGGACAGUUGGAGGAAGCUGAUGUAAAAUAUUUCCAAAAUCUUAUAACCCACCUAGACAUUACUUUUCAACCACAAGUAAUGCAUCUUUGGGCUACUAAUAACGAAGUCGACGAAAUGAACAGGAGAGUGCUUAACUCUAUGAAUCGAGUUAGUUUCAUAUCCGAAGCCAUUGAUACGUCUGCGAAACGAUCGGAUAUUGAAUCUGCCAAGAAACUGCCACGACAAAACACUACGGGUUUAGCUUUAAGGUUAGUUUUAAAAGAAACAGCUAAAUAA